CGAGCUCAUUGUGAGAUUCCUUGCCAAAAAGAGCUGGAACGAGAAAAACUUUCAAGUCUCUACAAAAGUUUAUGCUGUCCUCACCCUUCUUGCUGAGCGAUCUUCUACGUUUGGCAAACCAUCCGCAGCGUUGGCAAUUCCACACUUGACAGAAAAACUCGGAGAUACAAAACUGAAAAAGCCAGCUGCAGACACCUUAAUGCUGUUUGGCGAGAAAACAUCUCUUUCCUUCGUUUUCAGUCAAGCUUAUGACCCACUAUCGAAGCAAAAGGCUCCAAAAGUCAUUGCCGAUGCCACUACGUGGAUGAAGGAUGCGCUGACCGAGUUUGGUAUUGCGGGACUAUCGCUGCGACCUUUGAUUGGAUUCCUCCAAAAUGCCUUGAAAAAUUCGAACGCAGCCGUACGCUCAAGCGCAACCAACACACUUGUAACCCUCAAAUUGUUUGCUGGUGCUGCCGUCAAGGACUUUUUGGAUGAUCUCAAUCCACAGCUUAUGGGCACAAUUGAAAAGGAAUUUGAAAAGGUCGACGGUCAGACUGCACCUGAACCAACGAGGACGCAGGCGGAUGUGGCACCCGUCGUAGCGAGUGGAGGACAAUCGAAGGCUGCAGACCCAAUGGAAGAGCUUUAUCCUCGAGUUGACAUCGACAGGCUCCUUGUAGGCACGACUAUCCUUGCAGACUCCAAGAGCGAUGCCUGGAAGGCACGAAAAGAAGCACUCGAGAAAUUCCAAGGUCUCCUAGAAGCUAACAAACGCUUCAAGCCUAAUCUUGGGGAUAUUGGGCAAGUACUCAAAGCUCGUGUGGUUGAUCAAAACAAGGCUGUACAAGCCUUGGCUCUUGAUAUAAUCUCGCGAAUAGCUACCGGCAUUAACAAACCCUUUGAAAAAUACAGCAGGCUCUUUGCUGUUCCAGUCGCAACUGUACUGGCAGAUCAAAAGGCACCUAUUCGAAUGGCAGCCAUGGGAACGUUGACCGCAAUCGCUACAGCAUGCGAAGGGAUCGAUUCGUUAGUGCAUGGUUUAGCAGCGGCUCUUGAGGCACAGAACCCCCUGCAACGGAGUACUCUCUUGGGAUGGCUCUCUGAUUGGUUCAAGGAUCACCCUCCUACUUCAUCUCAGGACUUGUCCGAGUUUUCAACCCCGGCUGUCAUGUGUCUAGAUGAUCGUAGUGCAGACGUACGCAAAGCUGCUCAAAAUUUGUUACCAUAUCUUAUCCAAAACGUUGGAUUCGACGCUCUUGUGAAGGAGACUAAUCCACUGAAACCGGCGUCCAGAUCCGCCAUUCUUCCAAUCCUCCAAGCGUUAAAGCCAGCCAAUGCAGGCUUAGGGGCGCCAGCAGCUGGUGCCGCUCCCGCUAAACCUGAGGCUGCUGGUGGCGCAUCUACACUUGCCAAACCCCGCGGUACAGGUGUCUCGAGACCGUUAUCGAUGGUAGCUCCUUCAACAGCUACUUCUCGACCGGAAUCUAGAGCGGAAUCCGAAAUUGAGCAACCAGGCUCGGCUCGACUCCCCGUGAAGAGCAAGUUGACGGCUCUAAAGAAAACUGCCCCUGCUAUUGUCAAGGCUGAGCCGGUUGUAAACACUAACUCCGCCAACCCUGCGCCAUUCUUUGGUUCUAACCCAGAUGCCAAGAAAGCACGUCUAGCAAAGGAUGUGGGACGUUGGACGAUUGAGGCAGGGCCUGUACGCAAAGACCUUGCCGAGUUUUUACAAGCUCAAAUGGACAAUCAUACCUCCAAAGAUCUCUCGGCUCUUUUAUUCAGUCAAGGACAUAAUGCAACGAAUGACUGGGUCUCUGGUAUGACUACUGUGGCCGAAUGUUAUACCAAUACCCUCGCAGGAGAUGAGCGUUAUGGUCCAACCAAUCAAGAUAUGAAGGCUAUUCUCAUUGCGAACUCGGACCUGUCCCUGAAAUAUGCGUGCUUACGAGUACAUGAAAAUCAGUCCAAUGUUGUAGGGAAGACGUUGGAUGUGGCCGAAGCGGUUCAAAACUUGCUAGCCGCCGACGAAUACCGCCUUACUGAUGCUGAGGCUGCUUGCUUCCUACCUACGUUUAUUCACAAGUUGCCCAAAAUCUAUCCAUACGGGAGAAUAUUCCAGAAUCUAUUGGAGCACGGGUUGAAAUCGAAAAAUGCUAAAACACGGCAGGGCUCUCUCGAUGAGCUCGCCAAUGUGCUGAAAGGGGCAGGGCUGAGUGCUUGUGAUCCUCCCAAAGCCUUCCCUAUUGUGGCAUCUAUGAUCGGUGAUAAGGAUGCAAGCGUACGUAAAUCAGCGCUAAGCGUAUUGAGGUAUGUGGAGCCUCUUUGUAAUAUUGGUGAUACUGAUGUUUGGUAUAGUGAAGCAUACAUCCUUGAAGGUGAAAAAAUAUGGAGCCAUGUAGGGACGCUUUCCUUGAAGGACAAGGGGCAACUCGAGGAACGACUGCGUAGGGUGCCCACCAAUCACCCACCCGCCUCACCUGCACCUCAGACGACGGUACACGCACCCAAUUCCAGGCUUUCCCUAGCGGGCGCUCGAGCAGAAUCCCCUGCUCUCGUCUCGAAGCUCGCUCGACCAAUGUCACCUGCUGUGACCGCGAAUGGACGGGCAUCACCGGCAACCGGGCGCAUUCCACAGUCAGCAGCAGCAAGCCCUUCUCCCGCUAGUCGUGCGACACAAGGUAUAGCAAGCCCAUCUGCUAAUCGCUCAACCCAAGGCACAGUAGCUCCUGUUGCCGUGGGCGGCCCUGCUCGUCCAAAAAGCCUUGUUCCAUCUCGUCUAGGUCCUGCCAGAGGGAUACCGCAGCCCAGUGGUAUAUCGAGACCUGCUUCUACAGUGAUCAAGUCAGAAAAUGCUCCUGAGCGUGCCACAAACGGGCACGCUCCACAGAUUGACGCGGACGAUCCAGAUGACAUCUCGCUGACCAUCUCCCACAUACUCAGUCAUGAUCCUGUACGCAGCGUGGAUGCAUUGAAAAAGAUACAAAAGGUACUCGAGCUCUCUCCGGAUGCAGGCAAGAACGACAGUCGCUACAGGGAAUUGGCCGAUCACACUGAAGGUCUUAUCGAAACCGUCACCACGCAAAUGUAUUACGUCUUUGAGCACGACAUCCUCGACCCAGCAAACUUCCGUCUCGCAAAGCAUCUUAUCCAGACACUCAAUGCUUUCUGUGAUCACCCACUACUGUCGGAGUCACUCUCCGUGAGUGUGCUCCGGGGGCUUUUGGAAGAGCUAACCCUUCGACUAUUGAUCACCGACGAGAGCAAUGAAACCAAGGUCAAAGAUCUAUCGAAAUUCAUCAACAUGAUUCUUUUACGACUUUUUGCCACGGGAAGACGUAUUACGAUAUUCCGGUGGAUCGUCAAGCCAUUCCCGAUGAAUGGGACUACCUCCGAGAAUCGCCAAGCCAAGGUCGCUGAGCUUGUGCUCAAGUGUAUCUGGAAAUUGGCUAGAAACAUUCCUGAUGAUUUAAAAAAUCAAAUAUUAGAUCCUGUUGAACUUUUUCCCGCAAUCGAGCAAUUUUUACAGUCUAUUCCACCGAAUGAUUGGAGGGCCAGAGCUACCAACAAGAUCCCAAGCGGAGAUAUGCCACUGCGCACGGUGAAGGUGAUCAUUCAACACAUAGUUGCGUUCGACGACCCAUCGGCCACCAUCGUCUACCCUUAUGUAUACAGAAUCCUCAAUGCUCGACCGAAAGAGGAGGCAGCGGCGGCGGCGGCCGUAUCUGAGACAGCACCGGCUUCACCUAUACAGGCUCGGUCUAUGACUCCACAAAGUACUCGCUCAUCCACUAUCUCACGCCCAAGGCAAGACUCGACGACCUCUAGAGCUUCCACUCAAUAUAAUCAACCAUCCGGGCGGUCUACGCCAACCUCACAAGCUACUAUUGAUCCUGACUUGGAUGACCAACUGAACGCAAUAUGGCUGAGAGCCUCUGCACCAGAUGGAGCUAUGCAUAAGGACGCAAUUAAUGACCUGUGGAACUUCAUCAAAGCCCAUCCUGAAAUGAAACCCCGAGUCGAUGCCAUGAUAGAUGGAACGGGAGGUGUUUAUAUGAGAUAUAUUCGGCGGGCAUUAGCUAGUCGGCAAGCUGAAGAUGAUUUACGAUCAGGAACUCCUCGUUCAUCGAUGGCUCGACCGCCUUCGCUGGAUAUGACAGGGCAGGUUCCAUCCUCCCCUGUCAGGACACCUGGAUCGCCAAGGAGAUCUAUAGUGGGUGAGGAUGAGUCAGCGGCCAGAAUGAAACAUUUCCAUGAUAUGUUCAACUACAAUGGCAGGAGCAGUAUCGUCAGCAAUGGCUCUUCGCGCAGUUCUGUCUACGAUGGUCAACACCCUGGUGUUCAAGCGCAUCUGGAAUCGCUUCGAAAGCGGGACAGUAUGGCGUUUAAUGGAGCAUAG